CCUCGACACUUUACUCCUUGCAAAAGAUAAAUAUAUACAAUGGAUGUAGAAGAAGAAAGAUAUGAUCUUGAAUCACUGUUGAUUCCUAAUUCUCAAGAACAUGCUAUUGAAUCGAGAAAGGGAUUCCUGAACAAGGAUGAGAUUUUUGAGGAAGUGAAGAAGCAGCUGUUGUUAAUAUGGCCGCUUGUGUCAUCAAAUUUCUUGCUAUUUGGUAUGCAAGUUAUUUCAGUCAUGUAUGUCGGUCAUCUUGGAGAGCUAUCGCUCGCUGGUGCUUCAAUGGCUACUUCAUUCGCUUCAGUCACUGGUUUGAGCUUGAUACUGGGAAUGUGUAGCGCCUUGGACACUUUCUGCGGUCAGUCCUUUGGAGCAAAACAGUAUCGGAUGCUUGGUAUACAUAUGCAGAGGGCAAUGCUUAUUCUUUUGCUCGUCAGCGUUCCUCUUGCAAUUAUAUGGGCUAAUGCAGGCAAUAUUCUUCAGUGCUUAGGUCAAGAUCCAGAGAUAUCCUCUGCUGCAGGAGAUUAUGCUCGUUUGAUGAUACCUUGCAUUUUUGCUUAUGCAAUCCUACAAUGUCAUGCUAGAUUCUUGCAAACUCAAAACAAUGUGAUUCCGAUGAUUGCUAGUACAGGAACUGCAACACUACUGCACUUGCUUACCUGUUGGGUUAUGGUAUACAAGACCAGCCUUGGAUCUAGAGGUGCUGCUGUGGCAAACGCCAUCACCUAUUGGAUCAAUGCAUUGUUUUUGUUUAUUUAUGUCAGAAUUUCUCCCUCUUGCAAGAACACAUGGACUGGAUUCUCAAAGGAGGCCUUCCAUGGAAUUCCCACUUUUCUAAAACUAUCUAUCCCUUCAGCUUUAAUGUCCAGCUUAGAAAUGUGGUCAUUUGAAAUGUUGGUCCUCGUAUCUGGUUUGCUUCCGAAUCCAAAACUUGAAACAUCAGUCCUGUCAAUCAGCCUUAACACAUGUGCAAUGGCAUACAUGAUUCCCCUGGCAUUUAGUGGGGCAGUAAGCACAAGAGUUUCAAAUCAAUUGGGUGCUGGGCAACCGCAACUAGCGAGUCUAGCAGCAUGUGUUGCACUUUGCCUUGUUAUUACUGAAGGCAUUGUUGUUGCUGCUGUCAUGAUAUUGGGUCGAAGAGUUUGGGGCUACUGUUACAGCAGUGAAAAAGAAGUUGUGAACUAUGCUGCAGAAAUAUUGAUUUUAGUUGCUAUAUCCCACUUUGUUGAUGGGCCUCAGUCUGUUCUGUCAGGUAUCAUAAGAGGAAGUGGGCAGCAGAAGAUUGGUGCAUAUGUUAAUCUGGGAGCUUAUUAUGUUAUCGGCAUUCCUACUGGAGUAUUAUUUGCUUUUAACCUCCACAUCGGAGGGAAGGGUCUUUGGAUAGGAAUUAUCCUGGCGCUAUGUGUUGACGUGAGUAGUGCAUGUAGGGUAGGUACCACCUUUGUAUCAUUUCUCACUACUACAUGUCCCUUAGAACAUGGAGGAAUUUAUGGAGGGAAUCACGGCUUUAAGGCCUUAGAUGUAGGAGUGUUGUUUUAUCAGACUUGUAUAUAUAUGCUGUAUAAGAUUGACAUCGAAAUAUAUCAGAAAAUUCCCAACCUUCUCCUUCUUUCUGACUUGGUAUCAGAGCAGAGAUCCAAUUUGGACUCUGUCUGUUCCGCCGUGUUUUUUUGUCUUUCGGGUUCUUUUCGUUAAUUCAGUCACUGUUCUUUUCGGGUUCUUUGUUUUCCGGUUCUUUGGGUUCCUUUGGUUACCUUCACUCAAGCACACUACCAUCCGUUCCGGCAGCAGCAGCUUCGUCCAAAACCUACAGCAGUUCAGCCCAAUCCAAACCCCGCAGCGGCAAAACAGAGGACCCUGAAAAAUUCAUCUCUGAUCAAAACCCGCAGCAGCAGCUCCGCAUCUUUCCCGCAACAGUGUGUGCAGUCACUGUUUCUUGCAAUUAUAGUCCUACGGACUGAUUGGGAUAAAGAAGUGAAGAAAGCAUCUGAUAGGGUGCACAACACAAUCAGCGGGGGUGAUGCAUCGCAAAGCUGUUGCAUAGGUGAUGAUCAUAUGUAGAUCUGGACUUCUGGAGACAUGUUUGAAAAUUUUGAAGAAAUCAAUUGUUAAGAUUUUGUAGGGCUAGUCGGGCUUCGUGCUUGUCUGUGCACUCAACGUGCCUUGUCUGCUCUAGGUAUGCGGCGAGUUCCUUACUUUGUCAAAUGGUUGCUCCAACUUAGUGGCACGGUGAAGCUAAGUGUCGUCAGAUUUAUCCUCCGGCAGCAACAUAGUAGGAAAGUUGUGCUUACGGUAAUUAUGCUACAUUGUAAUCGAGUUACAUAUUGAGUUAUCUUUCCGUUAUGUCACCGUUAUGUCAAAUCAAAUAGAGUCGCCAAGAGUGCUCUUUGCUAGUUGGUGCCUAGUUGAAUACAAUUAUUUGGUAGGGACUCAUGAUAGUAUUUCAGGAUGUUUUCUAGAUGCUUAUUGUACUCAAGGAUUAGGCUCAAUGUCCCCCCCCCCCUUGUAUUCGAUAGUUUC